UUGCAUCCUGCCCGGAAGAGAAGGCGUGUUCGCGUUUACCCCAAGUCAACCUUUUGGCUUUCCAUAUGAUCACUCGUGUCUGUCAACCGCUCCAAACUCUAAGUUCCAACAGACUCUGCUUGGACUUUUCAGACACCAAAACUUUCCCCGGAGAAAAUGUCCACCAAUUCUGGACAUCAUUGAUGUAGAGGUGAUGGAGGGAGAAGGGGAGUUGUUGGAUUUGAGUCACCUCUCAGAGGCAGAGCAGACAUCCAUCUUGGAAGUGUUACUAAGGGACUCGAAUCUGCGUUGCCUUGAUGAGGGGCGUGUAAGGACCCUGCAGCAGAAAGAGGCGGACCCAGUGCGUCUGAGGUUGCUGUCGGGGGCGUGGUUUCAUGAGGAGAGGAGCAAGCGUUACCGAGACACAAAGGAUGGCGUUGACAUCGUACAGGCAUCCAUACGAGGCAGGAAGCCAAGAACAGAUUUGUCUGUGAGUGGGGUGUUUAAAGGGCAGACAGACGAUGCUCCUCCCACUAACAACAACGACCCUCAGAUAGAGGACAAGAAAGAGGAGGACGACAAGAGAAGUUACAGGAGUCCACCUACAGCCAGACCCAGACCCAGACCCAGGAGCCCAAACCCAGACCCAGACCCAGGAGCCCAAACCCAGACCCAGACCCAGACCCAGGAGCCCAAACCCAGACCCAGACCCAGACCCAGACCCAGACCCAGGAGCCCAAACCCACAGGAUACAGACUCUGUGUCCAGUGUCGUGACAGAAGCUGAUCUGACGCUUCUAAGGCCUGGGCUCUCCAUCAGCACUCUAAGUCUACAGUCUAACUACACACUAAGUGGCAGUAUGAUGAGUCUGUUCAGUUCUGGGGAGUUUGGGGCGGUGGCGGUGAAGGGGCGUGUCCUGUUCUCAUUGGACUAUAACACUCAGAGGGAGGAGCUACAGGUCAGAGUGUGUCGUUGUGAAGGCCUGGUUGCUGCACGCAAGAACCACUCCGACCCGUACGCAAAGGCCUAUCUCCUGCCUGAUAAGUCGUCUCACAGUAAGAAGAAAACAACAGUAAAGAGAAAGACCCUCAACCCAGUCUUUGACCAGACACUAAAAUAUAAGAUCAGCGUGUCAGAGGUGCGUGGCAGGACUCUGAACCUGUCUGUGUGGCACGCUGCCUCCCUGGGUAGAAACCUGUUCCUAGGAGAGGUAGAGCUGGAGCUGGCUCACUGGGACUGGACACACACAGACCCUGACUGGUACAAACUACAGCCACGGUUGCAGUGUAGUCCAGAGUCUAUCAGUAGUCGAGGAAACAUCAUGCUCUCUAUCAAGUUCACCCCAGCAGGAUCUGAGGGUGGAGGUCUUCCUCCAUCUGGGGAGAUACACAUUUGGCUGCGGCAGGCGCAGGGUCUUCUCUCCACCAAAGGUGGCGCCAUCGACUCCUUCGUCGAGAGCUACGUGCUGCCGGACGCCGACCGGUCGAGUGGUCAGAGGACGCGCGUGGUCAAGCGGUCAGUCAGUCCAAUCUACAACCACACCAUGGUGUACGAAGGGUUCCAGCCUGCUGACCUGAGGGAGGCCUGCAUAGAGCUGACUGUCUGGCACCGCGAAGGGAUAAAAACACACCUGCUGGGAGGGGUCAGACUCAGCCCUGGGACAGGUCUGAGCUACGGGGCGGCAGUGUGUUGGAUGGAUUCAACAGAGGAGGAAGUCACUAUGUGGACCUCCAUGGUCUUGAACCCUAGUCACUGGAUAGAUACUACACUACCUAUCAGAACUAACCUGGUUAACCACCAGAAUUAACACUGUUGGUGGAUUCUGGGUAGUUUGCCGCUGUUGGUGUAUUCUGGGUAGUAUGCUGCUGUUGGUGUAUUCUGGGUAGUUUGUUGGUGUAUUCUGGGUAGUAGUUUGCUGUUGGUGUAUUCUGGGUAGUUUGCUGCUGUUGGUGUAUUCUGGGUAGUAGUCUGCUGUUGGUGGAUUCUGGGUUUUGUUGCCUACGGAAGAGAUUGGCUGGGUCUAGUUUUCAAAAAGUUUGGGAAGAGAAAAUGGAAUAGGUGAGUAGACCAUCUGUCGAUUUGGUUUUCAGACCCAGUUUAUUCCAGUUGAAACAAAUGUAUUUAAGUUGGGGCUGUGGUUUGAAUGAGGAUAUGGUCUGCUAUACUUCCACAAGCCUAGCUAGGGGUUUAUAAAUCCCUUAACGACCAGUCUGUUGACUUACACAACAAUGAGGAACUAGACAGAGGAAACUGGGAAGGGUAAAUUACACACAUGACUGGAUGUUAGAAAAAAGACUCUUGAUCAGAGUGCCAUUCAUAUGUUAAAACUACUGUAUGAAAGAAUGUAUCAACUUUUCUGCCUCUUGCUGUCUCUCUCUCUCUCUCUCUCUCUUUCCAUCUCUCUCUCUUUCCAUCUCUCUCUCUCUCUCUUUCCAUCUCUCUCUCUCUCUCUCUCUC